CUCGGGCUGCCACUCCGCUCCUGCUCCGCUCCGUUCCCCUCCGUCUCCGCCCUGGCGGCCCGACCAUGUCCCGGGCGCGGCUCCCGGCCGCCGCCUGCCGCGCAGCCCGGGCCGGGCGCGAUGGGGGCCGCCGCCGGCCAGAGCGCCCACCUGGGGCCCGGCCGCCCGCCGCGUUCCCUGCUGCUGCUGCUCAGGCUGCUGCUGCUCGUCGGGGUCCCGGGGGCCGCGCGGGCCCAGGGCACCGAGUUCCACGAGCUGUGCAGUUACACAUGGGAAGCUGUUGAUAUCCAAAAUAAGAUGCUAUAUAAAAUCAGCAUCUGUGGAAAUGUGGACAUUGCCCAGUGUGGGCCAUCAAGUGCUAUUUGUAUGCAUGACUUGAAGACCAACAGCUAUCAUUCUGUGGGUAACUCUCUUUUGAAAAGUGCAACCAAAUCUCUUAUGGAAUUCAACACAACAGUGAGCUGUGGGCAGCCAAGCACAAAUCACCAAGUCCAGAGUAGCAUCACCUUCUUAUGUGGGAAAACCUUGGGAACUCCAGAAUUUGUAACAGCAACAGACUGUGUACAUUACUUUGAGUGGAGGACGGCAGCAGCCUGCAAGAAGGACACAUUUAAAGCUAACAAAGAGGUGCCGUGCUAUGUAUUUGAUGGAGAGUUAAAGAAGCAUGAUUUAAAUCCACUGAUCAAGAUUAGUGGUGGUUACUUGGUGGAUGACUCGGACCCAGACACCUCUCUAUUCAUCAACGUCUGUAGAGACAUAGACUCGCUGAAGAACUCCAGUCCACAGUUGCAUGCAUGUCCCCCCGGCACUGCUGCCUGCCUGGUGAGAGGGGACCAGGCGUUUGACGUUGGCCAUCCCAAAGAGGGACUGAAGCUCCUGAGCAAGAACAGGCUUGUCUUGAGUUACGGGAAAGACGAGGCCGGGAAGCCAGACUUCUGUGAUGGCCACAGCCCCUCAGUGACGAUUACAUUUGUCUGUCCAUCUGAGCGCAGAGAGGGCACCAUUCCCAAGCUCACAGCUAAAUCCAAUUGCCGCUACGAAAUUGAGUGGAUCACCGAGUAUGCCUGCCACAGAGAUUAUUUGGAGAGUGGAACCUGCUCUCUGAGCAACGAGCAGCAUGACAUUGCCAUUGACCUCCAGCCACUCAGACAGAACACAGCAUCACCAUUUCCUUACUAUACCUCAGACGGAAAGGAAUAUAUUUUUUAUUUGAGUAUCUGUGGAGAGACUGGAGUGAAAGUCUGUAAUAAGAAAGAGGCUGCAGUCUGCCAAGUGAAAAAGUCUCAACCUCCUCAAGUCAAAGUAGCAGGAAAACAUCAGAAUCUGACCCUACGAUACUCUGAUGGAGACCUCACCUUGAUAUAUUCUGGAGGCGAUGAAUGCAGCUCAGGCUUCCAGCGGAUGAGCGUCAUAAACUUUGAGUGCAAUAGAACUGCAGCUAAUGAUGGAAAAGGAGCUCCUGUGUAUACUGGGGAGGUGGACUGCACCUACUUCUUCACUUGGGACACGAAGUACGCCUGUGUGGAAGAGAAGGAGGGUCUCCUGUGCAGCGUCGCCGAUGGGAAGAAGAGGCAUGACCUGUCCGCUCUGGCACGGCACUCAGAACUGGAACAGAAUUGGGAAGCCGUGGAUGGCAGCCAGAAGGGAACAGAAAAGAAGCAUUUCUUCCUCAAUAUCUGCCACAAAGUGCUCCAGGAAGGCCAGGCGAGAGGCUGUCCUGAAGAUGCAGCUGUGUGCUCUGUCGAUAAGAGUGAAUUUAAAAAUCUGGGCAAAUUUAUUUCUUCUCCUACAAAAGAGAAAGGAAAUAUUCAGCUCUCUUAUUCAGAUGGUGAUGAUUGUGGCAAAAAUAAGAAAACACAGACAAACAUAACACUUAUAUGCAAGCCAGGUGAUCUGGAAAGUGCUCCAGUGUUGAGAACCUCCACGGAGGAUGGUUGCUUCUACGAGUUUGAGUGGCACACGGCUGCUGCCUGCGUGCUCUCCAAGACACAGGGAGAGAACUGCACAGUCUUUGAUUCCCAGGCAGGAUUUUCUUUUGAUUUGUCACUGCUCACAAAGAAGAAUGGCAGCUACAAAAUUGAGACCAAGAAGUAUGACUUUUAUAUAAACGUCUGUGGUCCGGUGUCUGGAAGCCCCUGCCAGCAGGACUCGGGGGCCUGCCAGGUAGCAAAAAGUGAUAAGAAGGCUUGGAACUUGGGACUGAGCAAUGCUAAACUUUCAUAUUACGAUGGGAUGAUCCAGUUGAACUACAAAGAUGGUUCGCCCUAUAAUAAUGAGAAGCACACACCAAGAAUGACACAGAUCACCUUUCUUUGUGACCGAGAUGCUGGAGUAGGUGUCCCUGAGUACCAGGAGGAAGAUAACUCUACCUACAACUUUCGGUGGUACACUAGUUAUGCCUGCCCAGAGGAGCCCCUGGAGUGUGUGGUGACUGAUCCUGCCACCCUGGAGCAGUACGACCUCUCCAGUCUAGCAAAGGCGGAAGGCAGUCGUGGAGGAAAUUGGUAUGCCAUGGACAAUGCAGGAGAGCACAGCACCUGGAGGAAGUACUACAUAAAUGUGUGUCGGCCUCUGAACCCCGUGCCAGGCUGUGAUCGGUACACGUCAGCUUGCCAGAUGAAGUAUGAGAACAAUCAAGGCUCAUUUUCUGAGGCAGUCACCAUCAGUAACCUGGGAAUCGCAAAGACGGGCCCUGUGGUGGAGGACAGCGGCAGCCUUCUCCUGGAGUAUGUGAAUGGCUCUGCCUGCACCAUGAGUGACGGGAGACUGACCACCUACACUACCCGCAUCCACCUCAUCUGCUCCAGGGGCAGCCUGAACACCCACCCCAUAUUUUCUCUCAGUUGGGAGUGUGUGGUCAGUUUCCUGUGGAACACAGAGGCCGCCUGUCCUGUCCAGACAGCAGCAGACACAGACCAGGCCUGUUCUAUGAGGGAUCCAAACAGUGGGUUUGUGUUCGAUCUUAACCUCCUAAACAGUUCCCAAGGAUACGUGGUCUCGGGCAUUGGGAAGACUUUUCUGUUUAAUGUGUGUGGCACAAUGCCAGUCUGUGGCACCUUCAAUGGGAAGCCAGCUUCCGGCUGUGAGGCAGAAACCCAGACAGAAGAGCUAAAGAAUCUGAAGCCAGAAAGGCCGGUUGGAUUAGAGAAAAGUCUCCAGCUGUCCACCGAGGGCUUUAUAACUCUGACUUACAAAGGGCCUCGUUCCUUUGCCAAAGGGAAUGCUGAUACUUUUAUUAUCCGCUUUGUCUGCAAUGAUGAUGUUUACCCUGGAAACCCCAAAUUCCUGCAUCAAGACAUUGACUCUAGCCUGGGGAUCCGAAACACUGUAUUUGAGUUUGAAACUUCAUUGGCCUGUGUACCUUCUCCAGUGGAUUGCCAAGUCACAGACCUUGCUGGAAAUGAGUAUGAUCUGAGUGGCUUAAACAAAGUCAAGAAGCCCUGGACUGCUGUUGACACCUCGGCUGAUGGAAAAAAGAGAACUUUCUAUUUGAGUGUUUGCAGUCCUCUCUCAUAUAUUCCUGGAUGCCGUGGCAGUGCGGUAGGGUCUUGCCUGGUGUCUGAAGACAGCAGCUGGAACCUGGGCAUGGUGCAGAUAAGUCCUCAAGCUACAGCUAACGGAUCCCUGAGUAUUGUCUAUGUCAACGGCGACAGGUGUGGAAACCAGCAGCGCUUCUCCACCAGGAUAACAUUUGAAUGUGCUCAGACUUUGGGAUCACCAACAUUUCAGCUUCAGGAUGAUUGUGAGUAUGUGUUUGUCUGGAGAACAGUGGAAGCCUGCCCUGUUGUCAGAGUGCAAGGAGAAAACUGUGAGGUCAAAGACCCAAGGCACGGUAACUUGUAUGACCUGAAACCUCUUGCCGUGAAUGAUACUAUCGUGAGUGCUGGGGAAUACACCUAUUACUUCCGGGUCUGUGGACAGCUGUCCUCCGGCGUCUGCCCAACUGAUGACAGGUCCAAGGUGAUCUCCUCAUGCCAGGAAAAGCGGGGACCACAGGGCUUUCACAAAGUAGCAGGUCUCCUUACUCAAAAGCUGACUUAUGAGAAUGGGUUGUUGAAAAUGAACUACACCGGGGGGGACACCUGUCAUAAAGUGUACCAGCGCUCCACAGCCAUCUUCUUCUAUUGUGACCGGGUCACGCAGAAGCCGGUGUUUCUCAAGGAGACUUCAGAUUGCUCCUACCUUUUUGAGUGGCGAACCCAGUAUGCCUGUCCACCUUUUGAUGUGACCGAAUGUUCAUUCAAAGACGUGGCUGGCAACACUGUCGACCUCUCAUCCCUGUCACGGUACAGCAACAACUGGGAAGCAGUCACGCGGACAGGGGCCACCGAGCACUACCUCAUCAAUGUCUGCAAGUCUCUGUCCCCACAGGCAGGCUCGGAGCCAUGCCCUCCAGAAGCGGCUGUGUGUCUGCUGGGUGGCUCCAAGCCCGUGAAUCUUGGCAGGGUGAGGGAUGGUCCCCAGUGGAGAGAUGGCAUGACUGUCCUGGAGUAUGCUGAUGGAGACUUAUGUCCAGACCAGAUUCGGAAAAAGUCUACCACCAUCCGAUUCACCUGUAGUGAGAGCCAAGUGAACUCUAGACCCAUGUUCAUCAGCGCAGUGGAGGACUGUGAGUACACCUUUUCCUGGCCCACCGUGGCGGCCUGUCCUGUGAGGAACAACGUGCACGAUGACUGCCAGGUCACCAACCCCGCCACAGGACACCUGUUUGAUCUGAGCUCUCUGAGCGGCAGAGCCGGGUACACUGCUGCCUACAGUGAGAAAGGGCUUGUCUACCUGAGCAUCUGCGGGGAGAACGAGAACUGCUCCCCAGGCGUGGGGGCCUGCUUCGGCCUGACCAGGAUCAGUGUGGGCAAGGCAAACAAGAGGCUGACCUACACCGACCAGGUCUUACAGCUGGUGUAUGAGGACGGCUCCCCCUGUCCUUCCAAAUCCGGCCUGAGCUAUAAGAGUGUGAUCAGCUUUGUGUGCAGGCCCGAGGCCAGGCCCACCAACAGGCCCCUGCUCAUCUCCCUUGACAAGCAGACAUGCACCCUCUUCUUUGCCUGGCACACACCUCUGGCCUGCGAGCAGGUGAUGGAAUGUUCUGUGAGGAAUGGAAGCUCCAUUAUUGACUUGUCCCCCCUCAUCCACCGCACGGGGGGCUACGAGGCAUAUGACGAGAGUGAUGAUGAUGCAUCUGACACCAACCCUGACUUCUACAUCAACAUCUGCCAGCCACUGAACCCCAUGCACGGGGUGCCUUGUCCUGCUGGGGCUGCUGUGUGCAAAGUCCCUGUCCAUGGCGCCCCCAUCGAUAUUGGCCGAGUCACAGGACCUCCAAUACUCAAUCCCAUAGCUAAUGAAGUUUAUUUGAAUUUUGAAAGUAGUACUCCUUGCUUAGCGGACAGGCAUUUCAACUACACCUCGCUGAUUGCAUUUCACUGUAAGAGAGGCGUAAGCAUGGGAACACCUAAGCUGCUGAGGACCAGUGACUGCGACUUUGUGUUCGAGUGGGGGACCCCGCUGGUCUGUCCAGAUGACGUGAGGACCGAGGGCUGCUCGCUGACAGAUGAGCAGCUGUACUACAGCUUCAACUUGUCCAGCCUUUCCAAGACAACCUUCAAGGUGACUCGAGACUCACACACGUACAGUGUGGGUGUGUGCACCGCAGCUGCGGGCACAGACCAAGGAGGCUGUAGGGACGGAGGCGUCUGUCUGCUCUCCGGGAGCAAGGGGGUGUCUUUCGGACGGCUGGCGUCAAGGAGACUGGAUUACAGGCACCAGGAUGAAGCUGUCAUCUUAAGUUACGCCAAUGGAGACAGUUGCCCUCCAGAAACUGUUGAAGGCGUCCCCUGUGUGUUCCCCUUCCUGCUCAAUGGGAAGAGCUACGAGGAGUGUGUUCUGGAUGGCAGGGCUGAGCUCUGGUGUGCUACCACUGCAAACUAUGACCGAGACCAUGAAUGGGGCUUCUGCAGGCACUCAAAGAGCCACCGGACGUCUACUAUUAUCUUUAACUGUGAUGAAGAUGCUGAUAUUGGGAAACCUCAGGUCUACAGUGAAAUCCGUGGGUGUGAGGUGACGUUUGAGUGGAAAACAAACGUAGUCUGUCCUCCAAAGAAGAUGGAGUGCAAGUUCAUUCAGAAGCACCGAACCUACGACCUGCGGCUGCUGUCCUCACUCACUGGGUCCUGGUUCUCUGUCCACGAAGGAGUCUCGUACUAUGUAAACCUGUGUCAGAAAGUAUACAAAGGGCCCCCCGGCUGCUCGGGAAGAGCCAGCAUUUGCAAAAAGAGUGCGUCUGGAGUCGUCCAGGCCUUGGGGCUUGUUCACACCCAGAAGCUGGAUGUCAUAGAUGACAGAGUUGUGGUUACCUAUUCCAAGGGUCAUCCAUGUGGGGAAAACAAGACUGCGUCCACAGUCAUAGAGCUGACCUGUGCAAAGACAGUGGGCAGGCCUUCCUUCAAGAGGUUUGACCCAGACAGCUGCACUUACUACUUCAGCUGGGACUCCCGGGCCGCCUGCGCCGUGAAGCCUCAGGAGGUGCAGAUGGUGAACGGCACCUUCACAAACCCUACAAAUGGCAAGAGUGUCAGCCUUGGGGAUAUUUAUUUUAAGCUGUUCAGUGCCUCUGGAGACAUGAGAACAAAUGGGGACAAGUACUUGUAUGAAAUCCAGCUUUCUUCCAUCACAAGCUCCAAAAACCCAGCAUGCUCUGGGGCCAACAUCUGCCAGGUUAAACCGAAUGAUGAACGCUUCAGUAGGAAGGUUGGAACCUCUGAUAAAACCAAAUACUAUGUUCAAGAUGGUGAUCUGGAUGUGGUGUUUGCCUCGUCCUCUAAAUGUGGGAAAGACAAGACAAAGUCUGUCUCUUCCACCAUCUUUUUCCACUGUGACCCUUUGGUGAAGGAUGGGAUUCCUGAGUUCAGCCAUGAGACUGCUGACUGCCAGUACCUCUUCUCCUGGUACACUUCUGCAGUGUGUCCCCUGGGGGUGGACCCCAACAGUGGUGCAGGAGACGACCAGCAGGAGCACAGGGGGCUCUCAGAGAGAAGCCAGGCUGUUGGGGCCGUCCUCAGCCUGCUGCUGGUGGCACUCACCGGCUGCCUGCUGACCCUGCUGCUCUACAAAAAGGAAAGAAGGGAAACGGUGAUGAGUAAGCUGACCAAUUGCUGCCGAAGAAGUGCCGGCGUGUCCUACAAAUACUCAAAGGUGUGCAAGGAGGACGAGGUGGAUGAGAAUGAAACUGAGUGGCUGAUGGAAGAGAUUCAGCUGCCGAGCCCGAACCCUGGGAAGGAAGGACAGGAAAACGGCCACAUUACCACUAAGUCUGUGAAAGCCGAAGCCCUCACAUCUCUGCACGGGGACGACCAGGACAGCGAGGAUGAGGUCCUGACCAUCCCGGAGGUGAAAGUUCACUCAGGCAGGGGAACCGGGGUGGACGGUGCGCACCCCAUGAGAACCCCACAGAGGAAGACGCUGUGGGCGAGAGCAGAUGACAGGGUGGGGCUGGUGAUGGGGGCAAAGACCAGGAGAGGGCAGCCCAGGUCCGCACAGCCCAAGGCGGGGGCCCCGGGCAGCCUGGAGUCCUUCCACGACGACAGCGACGAGGACCUCUUACACGUCUGAACUCCUGGUGCCUACACGGGGGUAUGGGUCCGUGGCACAGCCGGGCACCUCUAACCAAAUAAGACUUCGACUUGAUGAUGCUUCUAUUGUUUUUGCCUUUAAUGAAAACUGGUUCAAAAGGGAAGAGUUUUUGUGAUGGGGUAGAGGGCAAGGAGGUCAGGCGCCGCUCAUCUGUGAUUGUUUACAGUCGCUGGAAUGGGGCACCGCUCAGUCGCCAGAGGGCAGUGCCGGGGGCCCCGGGUUUUGUCCCCAGUUCUCACUUAAAAGCAUGGCCGCUGUGCGCUCAUCACAUGCACUCGAGCCAGUUGCGUCUCGGAACAGAGGGCUCUAUUUGAGAAAAACCCUUGCUGCUUUAGGUCCUGUAGGGUAUUGACCAUUAUAUUUUAGCAUUUAAUUCUGUCCUCCUAUUUAUUGACUUUGAAAAUUACUCAGGUUUGUGAAAAAGGAAAAGAAAAACCCUACAGUUUCUUCCUGCCGGCAGGGGUAAAGUACUGGUUCAUCCACUGUCAGAGGGGAAGCUGUCGGUCUGCUAGGAUGGUUUUGUAGGAGGUUUUGAACUGGUCAACCAUGUAUUCCCUAGGUUGGAAUACUCCGUCUGUCUCUCUUCCUUUUUGCUUCCCAGUUUUUAAGGGAAUGUGCACGUGCACGCUCACACGUGCGCGGGGCUCCCUGAGUGCCAAGGCUUUGGAGGGUCUCCUGUUCGCUGCCUUUGUUUAGUAACAGCUGCAGCUUUUUGCAUGACAUCUUCAGUCCUAGGGGCACAGAGCACAUUUAUCAGUAUUUCUUUGGCCUGCUGGUGAAUUCAGAAACCCUCCCAAAGAUUAUUUUGUGUGUGUGUGAGAGAAUGGAAUUGAGAUGUCAGAGAAAAUAACUUUUCCAGAUUUGGGGUAUAGGUCUCACCUCUUCAGGUUCUCAUGAUACACCUUUACUGUGCUUAUUUUUUUAAGAAAAAAAGCAUUUAUCAACCAUUCGGACCUAUAAGAAGCCUUAAUUUGCACAGUGAUUGACUUGCAGAAAUUGCAUGAAAGCCAGUGGGCCAGAGUCUCACCCUCUGGCACUGCACGUGAGAGUCCUGCUCUGGGGACAGCCGUGGUUGGACCUUGCAGGGCUGCGGGACGGGGGUGGGGCCAGGACCCUGUCCUUCCUAGGCUGUUGAAGUGUUUAAUGAAUGAAUUUUCUUGCAUUACAGAAUUGUACAUAGACCUAGUGGUGUUCAAACACUGAAAAGCAAACCAACCACCUUACAAAACUUCUCGGUUUGUGCUCAGUUUGGCUGGCUUAUUUGAUUUCAACAUGAGUGUAUUUUUAAUAAUUGAUAUUUGCCCUCAUUUUUUCCAAUCAAAUUUACUGUAAAGUAUUCAACAAUUUCAAUAAAAGAUAAAUUAUUA